CUUCCCCGCCAGCUUAUCAACAAUGGCGACUCCAGCUUCUGCUCUGUCGUCGCAUGAGAGGACGCGGGUUGAGGAUUAUCUGAAUGACAAGCUGCAGGUAACUGCCGACUUGGAAAGUCUCGACUCGUUGCUGUCGAGUCUCCGAGCCCAACAUGAGCUCCAACGCAAGCAGCUAGCAGAAGCUCACGAAGCGCUAUCGAAUGCCACAAAAGCCUCCGAAGACCAUGCCGAAGCCACUCGAAAGCAAGCCGAAGCGUUCAACGAGCAACAGGCCGAUAUCGAUCGGCGUUUGAGAGAUCUCACGGGGUCGGAUUCUAGCGAUGAGGCAGCGAAGCGCUUUGAAGCGAGCAUAGAGAAGCUGCGGAGGCUUGAGAUUUCAAGAGGCUACAUGACUUUGCUCAAGGAGGCGGAGGAGCUGAGCAAGGAGGCCUUGGACAACAUCAAAGAUCAACCCCGGAUCGCGAUUCAGUCGUAUACCCGACUGCGCAACGUUGCCCAGAGCCUUAAAGAUGCUCAGCCAGCUGCAGAAGGAGCUGCCCCUCACCUGGUCGACUACGUGGGGAAGCUAUCGUCCGCCCUCAGGGAGCAAAUGAAAUCAGACUUCGCCCAACGACUACAAGGAACAAUGGAGCAAAUGAAAUGGCCCUCGAAGGAUCUUCAUUUUCCGGAGGAUAUACAGACACAGUGGAGGGAGAAUGUGGAACUGCUUCUGGGCCUGCAGAAACCGGAGCUCGAGACUCAUACCAAUGUGUCGAAACGCCAUGGCGUUGAGCCGCCAGUUCUUCUACCAUUGGAAGUUAUAGUGCACCCGCUCGAACUGCGCUUCAAGUACCAUUUCAGCGGAGACAAGCCGACAAAUAGGCUUGACAAGCCCGAAUAUUUCCUGGCUCAUGUUAUGGACCUGAUCAACAACUUUGGGGGAUUCUUCGCCUCGUUCCUCCAACCCAUCUUCGAUCAAGAGGCGCAGAAUGUCGGCACUGACAUAGGGUGGAACUUCUACAAUGCCUCUCACGCUUACAUCACAGCCCUCCUGCCAGUGCUGAACCAUAAGAUAACUACGUUUCUGCCUCAGAUCGCGAAUCACCCGCAGCUUCUGAGCCACUUCAUGCAUGAACUGAUGAACUUUGACAACGAAGUUCGCGAGUUGUGGAACUACCUACCGGACCCUUACUCCACCGACGACUGGCGGGGAAUGACUUGGGAAGUCUUGACCAAGCAAGGCUGGUUUGACCGCUGGCUUCAGGUCGAAAAGGAAUUCGCAUUGGCCCGCUACAAGGAGAUCGUCGACACCCCGGAUAGCGGCCACAUCGACUAUGAAGGCGUCGAUUUCACUUCCACCAAGCCCACCAAGGCUGCAAUCCGAGUGAACGAUCUUCUCGAGACAAUAACGGAGCGCUACCAGCCCUUGUCUUCGUUCAGCCAGAAGCUGCGCUUCCUCAUUGACAUCCAAAUCACCAUCUUCGACCAAUUCCACGAACGCCUGCACUCAGCACUCGAAGCCUACCUCGCCAUGACCUCCGCCAUUGGCCGCACCGUCCAAGGCGCCGACGCCGCCAGCAUCGAGGGCGUGGCCGGGCUCGAACGACUGUGCCGAGUCUUCGGCAGCGCCGAAUACCUCGAGAAGAAGAUGGAAGACUGGAGUAACGAAGUCUUCUUCGUCGAACUCUGGACCGAGCUCCAAGACCGCGUUCGACAAAACAAAGACAGCGGCAAAAACGUAGCGGGCACCAUGUCUAUCGCAGACGUCGCAUCCCGCACCUCCCAAGCCGUGAACAACAACAGUCACGACCAAAGCACCGGUGCAUCCUCAUCAGAAGGCGCUCUCUUCGACGAGACUGCCUCCGCCUACCGCCGUCUCCGUCUCCGUUCAGAAUCCAUCAUCACCUCCACUCUCACUUCAAACGUGCGCUCCGCUCUGAAACCAUAUUCCCGUGUCGCCACCUGGGCUUCCAUAUCCACGAGUAACACCACUACUCCUCUCCCUCCCACCUCGGACCUCGCCCCAGCCAUGCGCACCCUCUCCACCGAGAUCACCUUCCUCUCUCGCGCACUGGGAGUCGCCCCGCUCCGCCGCAUCACCCGCCAGGUCCUCCUCGCCAUCCAGACCUACUUCUGGAGCAGUGUACUCACAAGAAACACUUUCUCCGCGUCUGGUGCCGCGCAAUUUAUCAGCGACGUCGAACAUCUCUGCAGUGUCGUUGACACUGCCCUGGGAAGCGGAGCAGGGCAGCCAACAGCUGGCAGUUCUAUCAAGAACAUGAAGAAACUAGCGGAGGGACUUGUUCUCUUAGGUUUGGAGAACUCGGCUGAUGCGAAGACUAUUACUACCGCGGAGGAUUCAGAAGUCGAGGGAGACACACGCCCCGGGUUAUGGGAGGUUGAGAAGCGACUCUUUAAGGAUAAUGAAAGCGCGCGGGUUGUGCUUGCGGAACUGGGGAUCGAGAGUUUGACGGAGGCGGAGGCGAGAAGCGUGCUUGAGAGACGGGCGGAGAUUGGUAAUUAGUUUGAGGAGGCGCACCGGGGCUGUGUAUAUAUGGAUGAUGGUAGUAGUAAUUAGUAAGUAG